AGGUACGUUUCGGUGUGGACUGCACCCAAUUGACAGAUGCCUUUGGACUGCAUGACAGGGAGUUUGAUCGAAUUUAUUUUAACUUUCCUCACUGUGGACGCAAAGCUGGAGUAGCUAAGAACAGGGAACUGCUUGCCAAGUUUUUCCAGAGCUGUGCAGAUAUUCUUGCAGAAGAAGGAGAAGUGCAUGUGGCACUGUGUAGAGGACAAGGUGGGACUCCUGCUGAUAAUCCCCAGAGAGAAUGGCACAACAGUUGGCAAGUGGUUGCCAUGGCAGCUCUGGGAGGGCUCAUUUUAAGUGAUGUGCAUCCCUUCAGCUGUGAGGCUGUUCCAGGGUAUCGGUGCACUGGAUAUAGGAGUCAAGAUAAGUCUUUUCAUGUAGAAGGUGCUUUGAACCAUAUCUUCACCCGGAGCUUACCCUUUGAAGUUUCUCAACCCAGAAUCUUCAGGAUCAAACUGGGUGACCAGUGGUUUUCCUUUCCAGAACCAGAAGCACUUGUAGGAAAGUUGAACAGGGGUUUCCUGGAAGCAUGUUCGUAUCAUCCUGUCAAAACCAUAAAUGAGAAACUCAUUGCUGAAUUGGGCAAAGCUUUCCCUCUAAAAAGGCUGAAAUGUUCCUUCCCUUUGCUGCUACAGGAAUGCACCAGUGUUCUCCCUUCCUCGAACUGUGACAUUCUAUCUGCUGCCUUUCGGAUUACUCUUUGUGAAGAUAACUCAAAUUCUGAGUCCCUGACUGGUGGGACAACACAAGAUAUGGAGGACUUCCUAGUGUCAUUUUCAGAACUUAGCCUUCCCAGGAGUCCUGGAAAAGAUGGUAAAGAAGUUAAUGAAGGAAUCUGUGGCCAACCCAAGGUCUGCCUUAGACCUUCUCUCUUAGUUCAUGUUCAGGCUGUCAUCCAAGCACCAGAUUUCCUGCCAGGUUCUCUGCACAUCCUAAGUGGACCUGUCUUUCAGAAGUGCCCCAUCCUGCCUUUCACAAUGCCAGCAUUUCAUGAGACUUUACUUAUCCUUGGGUUUAAUCAAAAUCUGAAGGAUGGCUGUCUUCAGUCACUGAUGGAUUACCUGAAGGGCAUUCUAGAUAGCCUUCUGACCCAGACAUUGCUGGAGGGCUCUAAGCUGAGUUCAGUGGAAUUUGUCCUUCAACCAAAUAGAAAAGAUUAUAUGAUUUGUAUGAAAUCUCAUAAUUUUGGCCCAGAUUGUGCCAAGGAUCUGAUUAUUGGGUCUGUCACCGCUUCUGCUACAAGCAUUAUACAUAAAGACCAGUGUUUUUUGUUUGUGUCUAUAAACUUGGACUUAUUAGCCAUGCUUGUUUCAGGUAUCUCUGACUGGAGAAUAUUGUGGACCUUCGAUAACCGUUUCCUGAAAAAUUUUGUCUCUGGAAAAACAGAACCCUUUAAAAGCUAUUCCUUGUAUCCUCCAUGCUAUGUGCAUGAUAUUAGUUUUUGGUUAGAUGAGAAGAAAGGAUUUGAUGAACUAGAGUUUCAUACCGUGGCCCGAGCAGUGUCCCAGAACACUGUUAUAUCCAUACAAUUCCUUAGUCGUUUUCAUCAUCCAAAGACGAAACAGGUCAGUCUCUGCUAUAGAUUGACCUACCAGACCUGUGACAAGGCCCUCACCCAGCAGCAGGUAGCAUCAAUGCAGUCCCAGUUUAGGAAGGAGAUUCAUCAACGACUACAUGUUACACUUCGGUAGUUUAAUAAAUUCAUUUCUACAGUGUGAUCCAUCAUUGAUGCGGGUGUGGAAAAAAAUGACCAACUUGCAACUGGUAGUCCUGUCUGGACUGGUUUUUUGUUUUUUGGUUUUUUUUUUGUAAAAUCUUUUACUUUGUAAUCAUAGCCACUGUUGGUUGACCUU